AUGAUUAAAAAUAAAGGUUAUUGGGUCUAUGGAAGUGCUCUUGUGUUGGCUCUGCUUGGCACAUUCAAAUAUACGAUGAAAUCUAAGCAAUAAAAGUUGACAGGCCAAGUAGAAUUCAGUCUACUAUAAUCAUCCAAUACUCUUGAUUACAAUAAGAAGCCAGCAGGCAUAGUAAACAACGGGAAUACAUGCUUCUUGAAUUCCGUGUUAUAAGUACGAUAAAUUACAUAAUUAGUGGCCUUAAGUUCAUAACCCAAUUUCAUUGAAUACCUAUUUGAAUUAGUAUAGCAUAUCAAUGGGCAAACUACUUUAGCCUAGUAGAUCUGUUUAGAAUUGGCUAAAAUUAUGAAGUACCUAAAUAGCGAUUUGGAAGUGAUUAAUGCAUCCGAUUUGAUUGAUCUUCUAUCAGAAGAUGCCGAUUACUCCUUUUUUUAUGAGCAAUAGGAUUCUCACGAACUCUUCAAUAUGCUCAUGAAGCAUAUUGAAGAAGCCAAUAACCAGAUUAAUUCAUUUGAUCUAGCCAUGUUGAGAUCAAAACAAAUGAAAUCCAAGAAUCCAUUUCUUCAUCACACAAAAGUUCAAAUUAGGUGCAAUACUUGUAACUAUUCUGUAAGCAUCUUCUAGUAAAUGUAGUUUAACUCGCUCAAAGUAGAAAGUAACUAUGCAUUCCAUUUCAAUCUCAAUCAUGCACGAACAGUUUAAGAAGCAAUCGAUUAUAUCUAGAAACCUGAAACGAUCACUGAAUAUAUUUGUCUCUAUUGUUCCCUUUAAUUUUUGAGGAAAAAAUACACAUUGGCGGAACAACAGAAGAUAAUUGAUUCAUAUCUCUCAGCCAACAAUUACGACGAGGAUUCUUUUACAAUUCUUAAGAAAGUCAUAGAGUAAUUGAAUACAAUUCAAGGCAAUUAAGUUUAAUUGGAUCCAUAGAAGGCAUGUCUUAAAAGAACUGUGACACGUUAGACUUACAUUGCAAAAUAUCCAGUAUUUCAUAGUGCUAAAUUCUUAGAAAACGUUUUGUUUUUUUGUUAACCGACUCAUUGUACAUCCCUAUCAUGGUUUGAUUAAAUUGGAUGAUCCAGUGUACUUGGAUUCUAAUUUUCCUGUGGCUGAUAAGGAAUUCACUCUCUCUGCAUUAGUUUGUCAUCUAGGAAAUUCCAAAUCAGGUGAGUAUCUUAAUCAUCAUUCUAGGUCACUACGUUGCAUUCAAAAGAACAUUUGCUUAAGAUCUGGAAUCAUCAAUGAGUCUAAAUAAAACAUAUAAGAAGUGUGAAUGGUAUGCUAUUUCUGACGUUAAAGUCGCUGCUACAAAACAACCAUAGCAAGGUGAAGCGUAUUUAAUUUUUUAUGAUACAUAUUGA